AUGAGUGCUAAAAACGGUGAAAGGCCCACUGUUUCGACUUUCAAAAUACUGUUGAUUUUUAGGAUAAUCAAUGCGAUAACUACGAGGACAUUUUUCCAAGCAGAUGAGUUUUGGCAAGCACUGGAACCAGCUCAUCUCAAGGCCUUUGGAUAUGGCAAAUUAACUUGGGAAUGGGAACAUGGCCUUAGAAGCUAUGCUUUCCCCCUACUAUUUGAGUUGACCUACAGGCUGGUAUAUCUGGUUUCUUCGUUCUUUAGAGUCCUGAUCGAUGCCUGCACAACGCCAAUAGCCAGAUAUCUCUUGAGUAAAGGCUGUUCAGAAACUCAUGUGAAGGAUUUAUUGAAAAUUUUUUAUGAACUACCAGAGGUCUUGGAAUAUCACGGAGUGAUCUAUGCACCAAAGCUCGUUAUGGCAUUUAUUGCAGCUGUCGGGGAAUAUUACACUAUUCAGCUGGUACAGAAGCUUUAUCUACUGUCAUUGGACAAAUCUAAAGAUUCAAAGGCUUCCCGCCUGUCUAAAAUCAAAAAAUUUGCCCUUGUAUUGACUUUAACGAAUUUCUUCAAUUCAUUCAUAAUUACAAGAACCUUCAUUAAUUCAUUUGAAAUGGUUUUAACUUGUGUGGCUCUAUUUUAUUGGGAUUGGACGGGAGGUGAGUGUAUUCAGGGGUUCGACUUCACGAAAUCGCUGUUGAUAGGCAUCUUUACCUGCCUACAGAGACCCAGUAAUGCAGUUAUAUGGAUGACUUUGGGUGGUUUCCUUAUCUGUCGCUUGGUUCAACAACAAAAGUAUGACAGGCUGGCAUACUUAUUGCGGAAAUUAUUCACAGUUUUUACACUAACUGUGCUACUUAAUUGCAUUAUUGAUUACUAUUUUUACGGCGAGCUGGUCUUUCCCAUUUUCCGAUUUCUUAAAUUCAAUUUCACUAGCCCAUUAUCCAAUUUUUAUGGAGUAUCGCCAUGGCACUUUCAUAUUACUCAGAGCGUUCCGAUAACGCUGGGAUUGAGCACUCCGCUAUUCGUUUACGGACUUUUUGCACCAUCGAGUAAAAGGAAAUAUUCAAGCGUCUUUAUUGAUCCGAUGCUACAAAUCAAAUUCAUUAUAUUUGCCGUACUGCUCUCUCUAUCCUACUUGCCACACAAAGAAUUUAGGUUUAUCUAUCCACUACAGCCAUUUUUUACGUCAAUCGCUUCACUAGGUCUUUCCAAGCUUGCCGAUUCGUACAAUCCAAAAUCCAAGAUGGUGAGAGAAUUAGUUUGGGGCUUCCCAUUUAUUUCAAUAUUUGCUGCCCUCUUCCUGAACACAUUUAAUGAGGCAGGCGUUGUUUCUGUCACGAAAUUCUUGCAUGAGAUACCGACGGUUCAAAGUGUGGGAUUCAUUAUGCCAUGUCAUUCUACACCAUGGCAAUCGUACUUACACCGGAAUGACAUCAAGGAUCUUUGGGCUAUAUCUUGCGAUCCGCCAUUACAUCUGCUGAACGAUCCUGACGCCUAUAAUAAGCUACCUCAUUACAUGGAUGAAAGUGACUAUUUAUAUGAGAACAUACCCAGUUUCAUACACAAGAAUUUUCCGCCUGUAUGUCAAAAGAAUGAGAGUGAGGACACAAAAAGCUAUAGUCAUCAGUGGCCAGAAUAUCUUGUUAUUUUUGAACAUCUAAAGUAUGGCUAUUUUGCUUCACUCUUAGAGGACUCACCGUAUGUUGAAGUGUACAGAGGUUUCAACUCAUUCUUUCAUUGGGACUCGAGAAGGCAAGGAGAUGUUCUCGUUUAUAAAAUACUGAUAGAGAAUUAA